AUGAGCGGUCUUGCUUCGAAGAUAGGGCUAACCAUCGCCUGUGUGAGCGGAAUAUGGAUUCCUGCCACACUUCUGUGUUGCGUACCGUGGGUGCAGAAACAGAUGCUGUACCUGCAAUGGGUGACUUUUUGGCCUGGAAACUGGCUUGACGAGCCUGAAAGAGCUGGGUUUCUAAAGAACCAAGUAUUGCCGUUCCGCAUAUCGACCAAGGACGCGGAGAGGUUGUUCGCGUGGCUCAUCGCCCCGUUGGGUGUCUACUCGAGGCACGCGGACCAGUUCAUCCACGAGAACGGAGACCCAGACCAUGUGGAAAGCCGACUGGCUUUCAAGCUCCUGAGAGAUGAUCCCGAGGCGCGGCUGCUCAUCUACUUCCAUGGAAAUUCUGGCACUGUCGCACAAGGACGGCGCACCGAGGAAUAUCGUAUGUACUCCUCGGGUGCCUCCGACAAGGUAUUCGUCCUUACAUUCGACUACCGCGGGUUUGGCAAAUCGACCGGAACGCCGUCGGAAGCCGGUAUCCUGAAGGACGCCGAAGCCGUCGUGGAUUGGGCUCUCAACGUCGCCAAGAUAUCACCCGACCGUAUCCUUCUCCUCGGCCACUCACUCGGUACAGCUAUUGCAACCGGUAUUGCGCACCACUACGCCAACCUCGAGUCACCGAUUGAAUUUGCGGGCCUCAUUCUAUGCGCCGCAUUCACGAAUACCGGCAACGCCUUCUCCGCAUAUGCCAUCGCUGGCGUUGUCCCGAUUCUGGCGCCUGUGAAAAUGAUUGCACCACUUCAGGUGUGGUUCAAUCGCAGGAUGCGCGAUACAUGGUUCACGGAUCGCCGACUCGCUGAGCUCGCUCACCAGUGCGAAAAGCUGCAGCUCGUGCUCGUCCACGCGGAGGACGAUGCGACUAUGCCUUGGAACCAGACUGAGGAAUUGUUCAAGUCUACGCUUAAAGCCGCCGCAGAAGAAGAGAUACCAAAGCUGAAGGUUAUUGACCUAGGUGAGGCCGGAAGACAGGAGGCGUGGACCUCGGGGACAAGGAGUAUAACCAAGCUAAUUGCAAAGCAUGGCAGUAAGUCUCCCAUUUUCACUCCUAGCGGCACUGGUAUUUAA